AUGUCCGAGGUAUUUCUUUUGCUGCUUUUCAUCCUUUGGCUACAGUUUCCACCAACAAAGCCCAAGGUACCUUCUGCUAUGUGUACCAGGAUCGAAAUCUUCCAGCUUCUGCACAAGUAUUAUCAGACAGGAGACCUAAUAAUUGGAAUGAUUGGUACUCAGUUUGGUUGUAUGUUGGAUGAAAUAGUCUUCAGUGAGCACCCCAAAACAAAAUUCAUAAAUCAAGUUCUUUCAGUACCAAAAAACUACCAGCAAGUUCUGUCUUUGAUAUUUGCUGUGAAGGAGAUAAAUGAAAAUCCCAAGCUUUUACCAAAUAUCAGCCUGGGCUUCCAAAUUUAUGACAGUUAUGUAAAUGCAAGGAUGACUCAUCAGAACACGCUGAAACUUCUUUCUAGUUUGGAAAGGAUUGUCCCUAAUUUUAAAUGUGACAUGCAAAAGAAUCUGAUAGCUGUCAUCGGGGGACGUAACUCUGACAUCUCCCUUCAUAUUGCUACUAUAUUGGGCACAUACAAGAUUCCACAGAUUUCAUAUUGUACAUUAUCUCCAAUGGUGAGGGCUAAAACCCAGCUCCUUUCUUUCUAUCGGAUGGUCCCCAAUGAAGAAUAUCAGUAUUCUGGAAUUGUCCAUCUACUUCUGCAUUUCCGAUGGAUAUGGAUUGGGAUUGUAACUGCAGAUGAUGAGAAUGGAGAAAGGUUUGUCCAGACCUUGAUGCCAAUGCUUUCCCAGCAUGGCAUCUGUACAGCUUUCACUGAAAAAACCCCAGCCAUAGCUCAAGCCGUAGAGAUGUUACUUUCCAUAGAAACCCUGAAUGUAAAAGCCAUUUCAAUAAGCAAUUCCAAAGUUAAAGUAUAUGUUGUAAAUGCAAGGCCUCAAAUCAUAACUUGUUUGACAUGGCUGAUCUAUCUCUCUGCCAUGUUAGAAGAUCUUUCAACAGUUUCGAUGGGCAAAGUGUGGAUUAUGACAGCCCAAUGGGAUUUCUCAUUCCAAACAAUGCAAAGGUACUUUGAUAUAGAAAUCUUCAAUGGUGCCUUAUCUGUUGCAAUUCAUUCUAGUGAAGUCCUAGAGUUUCAUAAUUUCCUUCAGAUCCAACACCCUAACAUGCACAAAGGAGAUGCUUUUUUUAGAGUUUUCUGGGAAAAGGCAUUCAACUGCUUAUUUUCUGAUUCUAAUGAGGACAAAGAGAGCAGUGAUACUUGCACUGGCCAAGAGAAGCUGGAGAAUCUCCCUGGGAUUCUAUUUGAAAUGAGUAUGACUGGCCAAAGCUACAGUGUCUACAAUGCUGUCUAUGCCAUUGCACAAACUUUACAUAAGAUAUACAAAUCGAAGCCAAAUUUCAUCACAUUUGUUGAUCGAGGUCUGCUGGAUCCUUCCAGUCUCCAACCUUGGCAGCUUCACCCUUUCUUGAAGGACAUCUCAUUUAACAACAGUGUUGGGGAUACCGUGGCUUUUGAUGAGAAUGGUGAAUUAGCAUCUGGAUUUGAUAUUAUCAAUUGGGUUACUUUACCAAAUCAAUCUCUGCUAAAAAGGAAAGUAGGAAGGAUGAAUCCACGGACUGUACAGGGUGAACAGUUCACCAUUUAUGAGGAGGCCAUCACAUGGCACAACAUGUUUAAUGAGGUUCUGCCUCUUUCAGUGUGUAAUGACAACUGCCAUCCAGGUUACAGCAGAAAAAAGAAGGAGGGGAAGCCAUUUUGUUGCUAUGAUUGUAAUCCAUGUCCAGAUGGGAAAUUUUCAGACCAGAAUGACAUGGAUGAUUGCUCCAGAUGCCCAGGAGAUCAGUUUCCAAACAAGAACAGAGACCAGUGCCUUCCCAAGGAUCUGAACUUUCUCUCAUUCACAGAGCCAUUGGGGAUCACUUUACUUUUAUUAGCUUCCUCUUUUUCUCUGAUCUCAGCUUUGGUGCUUGGAAUAUUCAUUAAGAAUCGGAACACCCCCAUCGUCAAAGCAAACAAUCAGGACCUCACCUACUCUCUGCUCAUCUCCCUGUUCCUCUGCUUUUUUUGCUCCCUGCUAUUUAUUGGGCAGCCUAAGAUAAUGACAUGUUAUUUACGACAAAUUGCUUUUGGAAUAAUCUUCUCAGUGGCUGUUUCUUGUGUAUUGGCCAAAACCAUCACUGUGGUUCUGGCUUUCAUGGCCACCAAGCCAGGGAGCAGAAUGAGGAAAUGGGUUGGGAAAAGAUUGGCAAACUCUAUUCUUCUUGGUUGCUCCUUGAUUCAAGUCAGUAUUUGUGCUGUGUGGCUAUGUACUGCUCCUCCAUUCCCAGAUUUGGACAUGCACUCUGUGGCUGAAGAAAUUGUAGUGGAAUGCAAUGAAGGGUCGAUCACAAUGUUCUACUGUGUUCUAGGUUAUCUGGGAUUUCUGGCUGUUAUCAGCUUUACUGUCGCUUUCCUGGCCAGGAAUUUGCCAGAUAGUUUCAAUGAAGCCAAGUUUAUCACUUUUAGCAUGUUGGUUUUUUGCAGUGUUUGGUUGUCCUUUAUUCCAGCUUACCUGAGCACCAAAGGAAAAUACAUGGUGGCCGUGGAGAUCUUUGCCAUCUUGGCCUCUAGUGCUGGCUUACUGGGUUGCAUCUUUUCCCCCAAAUGCUACAUAAUUAUCCUUAAGCCUGGGUUGAACACCAAGGAUCAGCUAAUAAGGAGAUAUUAGCAAGAAUUCAAGUGUUGUGGGUGCUUCCUUUUGUUCUCCUUUUAAUAGUGAUGUCUGGCUGGAAGCAAACCAGAGAAAUUAUAUUCCCAUCCUCCUCUGUCUUUUUAAUUUAUCUUCCUUCUA